GGUGGAUAUGCUACCUAUUUCUACCAAGAAGGUGUUGCAGGUGCUUGUGGUACAGUUCACUCGGACUCAGACCUUAUCGUUGCCGUUGAUGAGGACAUGUACUCCUCUGACCUUUGCGGCAAGACAGUUGUGAUCACAAACGUUGCGAGCGGGGCGACGGUGACUGCCACCGUCGCAGACGAGUGCCCUGGCUGCGCAACCAGCACCUCUUUGGAUCUAUCCGUAGCAGCAUUCGAAGCGUUGUCAGAUUUGAGUGUCGGUACUUUCGCUAGUAAGUGGAAAUUU